GUGUGUAAAUUUGACUUGGACUCAAUCCAAAAGGACAGCGUGAGGCGGCAGCAGGUAAAGGUGACAAGGAAGGAGGACAGAAGGAAAGAAAGAAGAAAAGGAUGGACGGAAGAAGCGAUUCGGACAAGAGGAAAAUGUUGAUGUCUUCGUGCGGGAGCUUGUACGACAGCAACAACUUGCUCAUGCAGUACUGCAACAACAACGACGACACCAUAUCGGCGGCCAGCAACAUGGAGAUGGAGGACCGCGUGUCUCACCUUGAGCAGAGGCUUCAGCUUCAGGAGGACGACAUCCAACUCCUGAAGGCGGCUUUGGCCGACGCCUUGCGCCGCCUGGGCUGCUGCGAGGAGCAGAAACUGGCCUCGCAGCAGCCAGGGGGCGCCCACGCCGCGAGGAGGUCUCUGCCCGGUACAGCUCCGCCCACCAAGGUUCGUCAGCUACUUCAGACUCUUCCUUCCAAGCCGCUGAGCAACGGAUACAUGCAACACAAACGCCUUCUCUCAUCACCAUCAUCACCCAAGAAGGACGUGCUGCAAUCUAUCAAGAGGAAGAGCAUGUCGACAGAACGGCUCACGCUGGCCAGGAGGGAAGCGGCGGCGGCCGAGAAUCGAAGUCGAACAACCUCAUCCAGCAGCUCCACAGGCGGGAAAAGUAAAUCCAAAGAAUGCACGUAUAAUGCAGAGGAUGGCUACGUCAGGAUGUUCCUGCGCGGUCGUCCAGUCACCAUGCAUGUGCCUGACCAGCUGAGAGACAGUUACAGUUUAGACCACAAGGGGGUGCUACCAGAACAGAAACUCAAGCUGGAAUGGGUCUACGGCUACCGGGGGCGCGACUGCCGCUCCAAUUUGUACCUUCUUCCCACUGGAGAGAUCGUCUAUUUCAAUGCCUCCGUGGUGGUCCUGUACAAUACUGAUGAACAGCAGCAAAGACAUUACCUGGGACACAAUGAUGACGUCAAGUGCUUGAGUGUGCAUCCUGACAUGGUAACCAUAGCAACAGGACAAGUGGCGGGAAAUGCCAAAGAUGGAAAGCUUCUAGCGCCUCACAUCCGCGUGUGGGAUUCUGUGAGCCUGAACACUCUUCAUAUGCUGGGGUUUGGCGUGUUUGACAGAGCUGUCACCUGCUUGUCCUUCUCCAAGUCGAAUGGCGGCAGCUUCCUGUGUGCUGUUGAUGACGCCAACGACCACAUCCUGUCUGUGUGGAACUGGCAGAAGGAGAAGCAACUGGCUGAUGUCAAGUGUUCUAAUGACUCAGUACUGGCAGCCGUGUUCCACCCGAUGGACUCAAACCUGAUUGUCACCUGUGGAAAGUCGCACAUUAACUUCUGGAGCCUGGAGGGAAGCACACUAGCCAAGAGACAAGGACUCUUUGAGAAACAUGAGAAACCGAAGUAUGUGUUGUGUGUGGCGUUUGCCGAGAACGGAGACGCCAUCACUGGCGACUCCAGUGGAAACAUCUACGUUUGGGCCAAAGGUGGGAAUCGCAUCAGCCAGGUAUUGCCGCGGGCCCAUGGGGGCGGCAUCUUUUCCAUCUGUGUCUUAAAAGAUGGCACCAUGGUGUCUGGCGGAGGGAAGGACCGCAAGUUGGCCCUGUGGGACCGCGAAUACUGCAAGCAGGGGGAGAUGGAGGUGGGUGACGCGUUUGGUCCGGUUCGGGCAAUUGCAGAAGGCAAGGGUGAUGAACUCUUCAUCGGAACCACCAAGAAUGCCAUCCUCAAAGCAGCCUUCCCUGACACACUGACACCCAUUGUACAGGGUCACACGGAUGAGCUUUGGGGUCUGGCUGUGCAUUCGCAUCUAGAUCAGUUUGUCACCUGCUGUCAGGAUAAACAAGUUCACCUGUGGGACACAAACUCUCACCAGCCCAUCUGGACCAAGAGCAUCGAGGAUCCAGGAAGAUGUGCAAGUUUUCAUCCAAACGGAGAAGUACUGGCGGUCGGCACCAUGACUGGAAGAUGGUUAGUGUUGGACACAGACACUCGUGACCUUGUUUCUGUUCACACAGACGGCAAUGAGAUCAUCUCCAACGUCAAAUAUUCUCCAGACGGCAACUUCCUGGCGGUGUCUUCCCACGACAACUUCGUUUACAUCUAUGGUGUGACGGAGAACGGACGCAAGUACAACCGCAUGGGAAAAUGUACUGGUCACUCCAGCUUUGUGACGCAUGUGGACUGGUCCAGUGACAGCCGCUACCUAGUCACCAACUCAGGAGACUAUGAGAUCCUAUUCUGGGAGGCGCCCAGUGGCAAACAUGUGACCAACAUGGACGCCGUGCGAAACCUCACGUGGGCCACGUCCACCUGCACGCUGAGCUUCACUACCUUUGGUAUUUGGCCAGACGGCGCAGAUGGCACAGACAUCAACGGCGUGUGCCGGUCACACGCCGACUCCCUUCUGGCAUCGGCUGAUGACUUUGGCAAAGUGCACUUGCUGUCCUACCCGUGCUCACAGCCCAGGGCGCCGGGCCACGAGUAUGGCGGCCACAGCAGUCACGUGACCAGCGUUGCAUUCCUACAUGACGACAGCCGCCUCAUCUCCACUGGAGGAAAGGACGCCAGCAUCCUGCAGUGGCUGGUCGCUUAGGUAAUGCCUGCUCUGUGGCUUCCUAUCCACCGGGGGGCAGCACCCCUUUCUUUCCAGGCACGUUAACACACGCAUAUGCUGGAUGAAAUGAAUGUUUACUAUAGUACAUUAACUCGUGUUUGGUGUUUAAAAAAGUUGCUGGAUGUGAAAUGUAACACCCCUCCAAAAAAAAAAUGCAUUAGCAGACUAACUGUGCCUGGAUGAUAUUUACUCUUAAAUUUAAGAUCCGAACGUGGACUUUGUUUCGUUGGCACUGUGAGAUAAAGUUAUGCGAUUGCUGGCUGUAUUGCGCUCCAUUUAGAACAUAGAAGAUGCUAAUGCUGUGUAGAAAACUUGACCUCGCAGUUGUCACACACACACAUGCACAAAAUUGUGAAUGUAAACAACCAAAACGGUGUCAUGUCCCUUUAAGAAUGGCCCGGCUGCUUUGUCCCUCUGCUCCUUGGAGAAAUGCUUUUUCCUUUCCUCCUCUUUGUGCUUGUCUUUCUCCUCCUCCUCCAUCUCCCCGUUUUUCAUCUCCUCCUCCUGCAUAGAGAAGGAUAAGAAGCUGAAGAGGAGGAAAAAAGCAAGAGGUGGAGGUGAAAGAUAGGAAGGUGGAGGAAGAGAAGGAAAAGGGGGAGAAUGAGCAUCAAAGCAAGAGGUGAAGAAGGACAAAGUGGUUGAGGAGAGAGGAUCAGCUGCAGCUUUUCCUUCUUCUCUUCCUCUUGCGCCACCUCUUCUUAUUCCUUCUCCCCCUCCUCCCUCAGGUCCAAUCAUGAUUGUCCCGAUGUCAUGACCUGCUGUCAUGCUGUUCAUUUCAGUGCAAAAUGUGCACAAGGGGGUGCUGCAAUGCAACAUGUGCAUGAUAGUUGCUUCUAAAGUGGUCAAUAGAUUUAAUAUAUGCACUAUAUAUACAAAUUAUAUGGAUAAAUAAUGUGUAAUGCAGUGUGUCUGCGUGGCCGUGCUAUUUUAAUAUCGGAACGUGUAAUAUAUAAUUAAUAGGAUAUGUCUGAUGUGGGCGUGUCACGUGUAGUGAUUGACAGGCAGCUUAACUGUGUUUGUUUGGCCUUCUUAUUUGCUAAUAAAGUUUUUACCCAA